CCGUCCCCCUCUUCCUGCGAGACGGUUGGUGCCUUAGCAACUAAACCUAGCAACUAGGGAAUCGAAGAGUACUGAAGGAUUUAGGAAGCCUGCUCACAACGAGCGGUUUUCAGCCUCCUGGGCAAGGGAACAGUCUCCUUCCUUGCCUGGACUCUGGAACCAUUUCUUUUUGGUGAAAGUAAGAGGCAGCUUGGGAUCAAAAACCUUUCACGGAGAAAAAUCCCGACAUGCCCAUCCCAUGUGACAGAAGUUCCUGGACCAGGGAUUGAAUCCGAGCCAUAGCCGUGUCCUGUGCAGUAGCUGUGGCAAUGCUGGAUCCUUUAAACCACUGGCCGGGGCUAGAGAUCAAACCUGUGCCUCCGGAGCAACUUGAGCUGCUGCAGUUGGACUCAACCCACUGCUCCAUAGCAAAAACUCAUGAGAUUGCUGAAGCUAAAGGAGAUGUUUAAUUCUAAGUUUGGAUCCAUUCCCAAGUUUUAUGUUCGAGCACCAGGAAGAGUCAAUAUAAUAGGAGAGCACAUAGAUUAUUGUGGAUAUUCUGUUCUUCCGAUGGCUGUAGAACAAGAUAUGUUAAUAGCUGUGGAACCUGUGAAAACACACACUCUCCAGCUGGCCAAUACCAAUCCCUUGUAUCCGGACUUCAGUACUAGUGCUGAUAACAUCCAGAUUGACAAAACCAAGCCUCUCUGGCACAACUAUUUCCUAUGUGGAUUUAAAGGAAUUCAGGAACACUUUGGUCUUAGUAACCUGAUUGGAAUGAAUUGCUUGGUAGAUGGAAAUAUCCCACCUAGUUCUGGCCUUUCCAGCUCCAGUGCUUUGGUCUGUUGUGCUGGCUUGGUGACCCUUACUGUGCUGGGAAUGAACCUGUCCAAGGUGGAACUUGCGGAAAUCUGUGCCAAGAGCGAGCGCUACAUAGGCACUGAAGGUGGAGGGAUGGACCAGUCCAUAUCAUUUCUUGCAGAAGAAGGAACUGCCAAGUUGAUAGAAUUUAGUCCUCUGAGGGCAACUGAUGUGAAGCUUCCAAGUGGAGCAGUGUUUGUAAUUGCCAACAGCUGUGUGGAAAUGAACAAGGCAGCAACUUCUCAUUUCAAUGUCAGGGUGAUGGAGUGUCGGCUGGCUGCAAAGCUCCUGGCGAAGCACAGAAGCUUGCAGUGGGACAAAGUGCUGCGGCUGGAGGAGGUGCAGGCCAAACUCGGGGUCAGUCUGGAAGAAAUGCUGUUGAUCACAGAGGAUACGCUUCACCCUGAGCCCUAUAGCCCUGAGGAGGUCUGCCAGUGUCUGGGAAUCAGCCUGCAGGAACUGAAGACCCAAAUCCUGAGUCCAAACACUCAAGAUGUGCUCACCUUCAAACUUUACCAACGGGCAAAGCACGUGUACAGCGAGGCUGCGAGAGUGCUCCAGUUUAAGAAGAUAUGUGAAGAAGCACCUGACGACAUGGUCCAGCUGCUGGGGGAGUUGAUGAACCAGAGCCAUGUGAGCUGCCGAGACAUGUAUGAGUGUAGUUGCCCUGAGCUGGACCAGCUGGUGGACAUCUGUCGGAAAUUUGGGGCUCAAGGGUCACGACUCACUGGAGCAGGAUGGGGAGGCUGCACAGUAUCGAUAGUACUUGCUGACAAGUUGCCCAGCUUCUUAGCAAAUGUGCAUGAAGCUUAUUACCAGAAGAGCGGCCGAAGCUUAGCGCCUGAGAAGCAGAGUUUGUUUGCUACCAAGCCUGGAGGUGGAGCUUUGGUUUUCCUUGAGGCCUAAACAACGUAAAAAAAUCUCCGAGAAACUAUUUAGAGCAUUUAGGAACUGGCAGGACUUCUUAUGCCACAGUAAAUCAAUUCCCUUUCUGUUUUGUAUUAUGAUGAACGGUUGCUAUUAUCAAGAUGUAUUUCCAAAGAAACAGCUAUGCUUCAUAACGAUUAUUUUUCCAUCUUAAAAUGUUUUCUACCAAUAAGAGCCAAAAUUAUGCUUGGACAGAUCUCCUCAGGAUGAUUUACUGAAAUUUAUUGAUUUAAGAUUUUUAAAGACAAAUGGAUAAAGACCGUUAAUACUGACCUCAUAGAUUGUACUUGAAUUAAACACACUACUAUGAUUAAAUUGAUACAACCGAGUUGUAUGCAAUUUUCUUAAGUUUUUGGUUUCUCUUGGCAUUCUUCUUCCUCUAAGUUGUGGUCUUCUGUUGUUGUUAAUGAUGAUGAUAGUGAUGCUAGAAAUUCUCUCUCACCUUCAGCUUCAGUACGCUAUUAAGAUAAUACAUUAUCAAGAAUGUUAUAUACUUGAAUGUGACAUUCCCCCAUUAUUAAGAUGAGGAGGAUCACAUAACUUUUUUUUUUUUUUCAUAAGAUGGAUUUAGGAACAAAAUCCCAGGCUCAUUUGGAUUUUUUUUUCUAACCAUGUGAUAUCCCGUAAACAACCAUUUCAAUUCUUUUGGCCCCACGCUUUCUCUAUCACAAUAGAGAACCUUAGACACUAGGUUCUUAUCUCUAUUCACACUGAAAUAGAGAAUUAUCUGGAUGUUAAUUAAAAUAAUUCAAUUUGUUCCUAAAAUGUAAUUUCUUCCCACUGCAGCCUACCUUUUCUCAAAUCUCUCUCUAAUCUAGGAGGCAUGUUUACUGUUCUGGAAAAUCCCACCUGUGCCUUGCAUCCUUCAUUGUAUGUCUAGCUAGGUUUGUAUUUGUGGACCAAUGUAGGGCAGGUGUGCAGGCAUGCAGGUGAAUGUAUGAAAAGGCUUAGAGUGGGUUCUGGGAUUAGGAAAGGGUGUUGGUGGGUGCCUUAAAUGUUUAUCAAGAGUGGG